GAACAUAGAUGAUCAAGAAGUAAUAACUAACUAGAUGUUCCGCGUGGCUGUCGGGUCUCCGUGUUGGCCCAAGCUCCUUGUUGACGGCACGGAAAGUUGGGACAACUCCUGGAGCGACUUUGUCCGCGGACUGAACCCCCGACGUCGAAUAAUUGAAUCCCCCGCCACCAUAACGCGUCCCUUCUGGAUGUCGAUGCCAUAUCUAGAUUGUUAGCGGGCCUUGAUUCUUCUCUGUCUUCUGUCUACUGGAGCAAAGGCGCGGCGGCAUCUCACCCCACGCGUUUGCCGCCUCUGCCACCCUGUCCCAAUCGCAAACACCCCCGAUCUAUCCUUCGAUCUUGUCGCUAUGGCGGAAGCCACUCUUCACAAUGUUCCGAUUGUCAUAGACAACGGGAGCGGUACGAUACGCGCAGGCUUCGCAGGAGAAGAAAUCCCGUCAUGUUACUUCCCCUCCUUUGUCGGGCGACCGAAACACCCGCGCGUGAUGGCGGGUGGUCUGGAAGGAGACGUGUUUAUCGGACAGCGGGCGCAAGAACUACGGGGUCUCUUGAAGAUUCGAUAUCCGUUGGAGCAUGGAAUUGUUACGGACUGGGAUGAUAUGGAAAAAAUAUGGCAUCAUGUUUACGAGAGCGAAUUGAAGACGCUUCCCGAAGAGCAUCCGGUUCUCCUGACCGAGCCGCCGUUGAACCCCCGCAAGAACCGCGACAUCGCCGCCCAGAUUAUGUUCGAAACAUUCAAUAUCCCCGCCUUAUACACGUCGAUCCAAGCCGUGCUGUCUCUGUACGCUUCUGGGCGGACAACGGGCGUCGUUUUGGACUCAGGAGACGGAGUCUCGCAUGCAGUGCCGGUGUACGAGGGUUUCGCCGUACCAAACAGUAUACGGCGAAUAGACGUGGCAGGUCGAGACGUGACUGAGCAGAUGCAACUGCUGCUGCGGAAGAACGGCCACGUCCUGCACACAAGCGCAGAGAAGGAGGUCGUGCGGCAGAUCAAGGAGAAGGUGUGCUACGUGUCAUUGGAUCCAAAGCGGGAGGAGAAAGACUGGAUGAACAGCUACCACAAAUCGGAAUCUAAGACGGUAGAUUAUGUUCUUCCCGACGGCCACAAAAUCAAGAUUGGCCAAGAACGUUAUCGCGCUCCUGAGAUCCUCUUCGACCCAGAGAUCAUUGGCCUCGAGUAUCCCGGUGUCCACCAGAUUGUGCAGGAUGCUAUUGCCCGCACGGACUUGGAUCUCCGCAAGUCGCUGUACCUGAAUAUCGUCCUCUCUGGCGGUUCGACUCUAUGUAAGAAUUUCCCAGAUCGUCUGAUGCGCGAAAUCAAGAGACUCGCCGUCGAGGACAUGAAGAUCAGAAUUUCUGCACCUGCAGAACGAAAGUACACUACCUGGAUUGGAGGAGGUAUCCUGGCGGGAUUGAAUACAUUCAGAAAGAUGUGGGUCAGCGCGGAUGAAUGGCACGAGGAUCCUGAGGUGAUCCACAGGAAAUUCGCUUAAUGUAGGUCCGGCUUGACCGACUACUGUUUAGGAUUAAGCUCUCAGAUCCGUAGUCCUCCUUCAUGAGGGCCAAUAUGGACUGUCAAAGCCAUGAACCCAAGAGACACGACAUGGACAGAGGGCGGCGGGGAGGGUUGCAUGGGAGCGGCAAUCAUCAGGCUUUUGAUACCCCUUGAAUACUUCUGUUUCACCAAUAUAUUUCUUCAGAAAAUGAACACAUACAAUGAAAAACUAGAUAGCAAAUACGUGCGACGUUCGAGUCGAUUUCACUUUCCCAUUUUAGGUCAAGACUCGCGACGCUUUGUGGUUUAUAACCUUUUUUUUAGGGGAGGGGGGAAGUCGAACUCAGCCCUUCAGCCCUUCAGCCUCUUCACGAUGCGGUGUGGCACUGUGACUGUGGCCACAAUACUCAAGCGAUGUUGCCCCUGUCUAUGGUAUGAUCUUCGACACCGAGUGUUGUUGUUUACGAUCUAAUAAACUAG